CUUACUCUGGCUAAAAUGCGAGCAUCGCGCGAUUUGCUUCCUUUUCCUCGUGAUUAUAUGCGAGUGUAAUUCUCUAGAACCUCUUGCUUUCGCCCUGAAACGCCAGCAGCUGCAAUGGAGCCUUCGAGCGAUAACACGCCCAUCGCUCAAAGACCAGGAACUCCUCCUCGCCCACCUGUAUCUCCAGUCACGCCAGUCAUGACACAUACAAAUCUAUUUCCCGUUGCAGACUCAGAAGGGAUGAUUCCACCGCCAGUAGUACAACCUCCGGAGGUUGAAUCAUCUAUUGCUACUCCAGAUCUUGGCUUGGCACCUCAUCCUAGAAACAGUACCGGCUCAAUGGCUCCGUCUUCUCCCCCCCAGAUAUCACCGCCACGCGUCUUGCCCCCUGAACCGGCACCGGUUCCGAUAUCUGAAUCUGAUAAUCCUGAUGCGAUCGCUCUCCGCUCCGCCAUAUCUGUGCUCCAGAUCCAAAAGCAACAGACUCUUCGUGAUAUCAGGACUUUGGAAAAACUGAAACAAGCUGCAGCAGAAAAUCCCGAGGCCUUUGCCAAAGAUGUUGUCAAGGGAGAUAUUACAGUCUCAGGCGGCGAAAUGGAUAUUUUUCAACCGCAGUUUCAAGAUCAAGAUGGCGAUAAGCAGAGUCCUGGUGUGAGUGUUGACGGAGAUCAUCAAAAACAAAGUGAACACGCAAAGCCCGCAUUUAGCAAAAUUCCUAAACCACAGGAUAUAGUGAGGAUGCCACCGAUUAACUGGGCAAAGUACCAUAUUGUUGGCGAGCCCUUGGACAAAUUACACGAGGAACAGAGGCAACGACCUUCACCUGGAGAGCCACGAAAGGAUGUCCCUAUACACGUCCAAAAAGCUCCAGAACAUGUGAUAGCUGCUCCCUAUAGGCCAUUUACGGACAAACUAGAUACCCCAAUGAAAACACGGAGCUCAAACAAACGGAAAAAUGAACAAGGUUAAAAGUUUGACUGUUUUCUCCAAUUCCUUUCCAUUUUAAUGGCAAUUAUACGUAUGAUAUUAUGAAUUUGAAUCCUGUGGAGCUCUCGCAGGAAACCAGCCACUCCCUAAUAGACCAGAUAGGAUAGC